AUGGCGGCGACCGUCGAGGAGCCGCGGCCGCACGACGGCACGUGUGACGAGUGCGCGCCCGGCGAGGCGCGGGUGGGCGGGCCGGCGGCUUCUGCUGCUGCGGCCGCCACGCCGAGGCGCACGGGCGCCGCUCCCCCGCGCACCCGCGGGCCGGCCGCCGCGCCCCGGGAGCCCGCCGGGCUCAGCCCCGGGAGCAGCAGCAGCAGGAGGAGGAGACAGGAGGAGGAGGAGGAGGACCAGGAGGAGGAGGAGGACCCGGAGGAGGAGGAGGAGGAGGACCAGGAGGAGGAGGAGGACCCGGAGGAGGAGGAGGAGGAGGAGGAAGAUGAGGAGGAGGAGGAGGAGGAAGAGGAGCAGCAGCAGCAGCAGCGCAGCCCAGGGGGAGUGCAGGCCACCGGGGACACGGAGGAGGGCCCGAAGGAGCGCCACUUGGCCCCGGAGAUGGAGGUGGAGGCCGAGGGAGUGGCCCGCGGCACGUGCCCCGAGCUCGAGCUGGACCUGAGCGCCUACUACCGGCAGGACCAGCAGCUCAUCUGCACCCUGUGCCCCGUGGUCGGGGCGCACCGCGGCCACCGGCUCGCCACCCUCCACGAGGCCUUCGAAGAGCGGCGAAGCAAAGACUCAGGCAGACUGAAAGCAGCGGUGAUAGAAUUGGUCGAAAGAUUGAGGUUCAAGAGCUCAGACCCCAACGUAUCUCGAGACCAGAUGAAGGUAUUUAUACAGCAGGAAUUUAACAAAGUUCAGAAAGUAAUUGCUACUGAGGAGCAGAGGACACUUCAUCUAGUGAACAUACAGGAAGCAAUGGACACAGCUCAUGUUACUGAGAUUCUGGCUGACAUUCAAUCUCACAUGUAUAGGUUGAUGACCCAGAUGGCCAAAGUCAAGGAACAACAAAAUACCUCUAAUAAAGCAGCUGAACUUUAUUAA